AUGAUCGACGAUGGUUUGUACGAUGCUUGUCCACCGCCGGAUCUUAUGCUGGCCCAGCAUGUCGGCAUGCCAAAAGCAGGCCUCGUUGCAGUGAGAACUGGCCCUGUGCUCCCGGCUUCCGACUAUGUCGAGAUCAAGAUUCACAGUGACGGGGUCGGCGUCAACCCAUCAGAGUGUCCAGAGCCGGUCAGUAUUGCCAGCUAUCUUGUCACCCGGUUCCAAAGAAUUGUUGGAACCGACAUCGACCAUAAGGACUUUGCAACACUUGUCUACCGAGAUCUCCAUGCGGGAGGGCCGGGCACACUGUUUACGAACCAGGUCUUCCAUGCUGUCAAGGCAAUUACAAAUGCUGAGUGCGGAGUCUUCGCUGGAAAAGUCACAGCCACGGUUGAAAUGAGCUCCCGUGCGCCAGUCACUGUGAACGACACUCAAAUGGCACAACAGCUUCAGGUAUAUUUCACUCUACACUUCGGAGAUCGCUUCUGGGUACCUCCCAUGGACACACCGGCCGAAGAUUUCUCCUUGCUGAGCGCUGCACGAAAGGGAGGUAGCAUUCUGGAGCAUUUGCCGACAAAACAUUCGCCAGAAUUUGCUCCUGCGCCCGAGCUCACCAUUUCAACAGGCACAGACGCAAUGGCCCUCGCAACAAUGCUCUUCUGUUAG